UGGUCGUUGGGCCCACGCCGCCUCCAGCCAGUGCGUGCGCUGCCUUGGUCGUUGGCCUCGCGUCGCCGCGCGCCUGUUCGCGGACCGCUGCGAACCAGUUCCGUGUGCCUGCCGGUGGUCUCCCGCCGCACUCCGGCCGAGCCGCCCGCGCUGCCUCGCCAUGCCGGCGGACCUCAGCAAGUGGAACGGGCCCCUGAGCCUGCAGGAUGUGGAGGAGCAGCCCCAGCACCCACUGCGCGUCACCUACGCCGGGGCGGAGGUGGACGAGCUGGGCAAAGUGCUGACGCCGACCCAGGUGAAGAACAGACCCACCAGCAUUACAUGGGAUGGUCUUGAUCCAGAUAAACUCUACACUUUGGUCUUGACAGACCCGGAUGCUCCCAGCAGGCAGUCUCCCAAAUACAGGGAAUGGCACCAUUUUCUGGUGGUCAACAUGAAGGGCAAUGACAUCAGCAGUGGCACGGUCCUCUCUGAUUACGUGGGCUCCGGGCCUCCCAGCGGCACAGGCCUCCACCGCUAUGUCUGGCUGGUCUACGAGCAGGACAAGCCGCUGAAGUGUGACGAGCCCAUUCUCAGCAACCGAUCUGGGGACAACCGCGGCAAAUUCAAGGUGGCGUCCUUCCGCAAGAAGUACAAGCUCGGGUCCCCCGUGGCCGGCACGUGCUACCAGGCGGAGUGGGACGACUAUGUGCCCAAGCUGUAUGAGCAGCUGUCGGGGAAGUAGGGGAGCCGGAGUCCCGAGCGGUGUCCUCAGUCAGCGACGCAUGCACAGCCCUCCCCUCCCCGCUCCCUCGGCACAGGUGAGGUCUGCAGCGGUUAGUGACUCUCCCUGUCGCUUGUUCCUUAUGAUUUUAGAUAGGCACACGUCCCCGUUUGUGUUUUGAUGUGAUUUGACCUCGUGUUGGGGGAUAUUUGGUACUGCCUCGGGGUCAUCGCAUUGUUAAUAAAAGAAUAGCAACCCAGAAUUUAAAGAAGAAAUCCAGGUAAAAAUAUUACAGGAGCAAAGUACCCGUCUUAGAGAAGCUUAAAAAAGGAGGAUUUGCCGUCCUUACCUCUGUGAUCCUGAGUCCAGAAUGGCGCACAGGGCCAGGCGCUCAGCUGCACCCAGCACGCUGGGAUAGGCACGGGCGCCUGGGUCCUGCCCUGGCUCCUUUGAAGAACAAAGCUGGGUGAAGCAAGAGGGAGGGUGGUUUGCUGCUGGCGAGGCCUGGCCACUAGACGGCAGUGCUGGGCCAGGGGCUGUUGGGGGUCCUUGAAUCUGCUGAGUCAGUCGCACACUGCGGAAGAGCAGUUUGGAGUUGCUUAAUGUGUUAAUUGAUUCUGCUGUUUGCUUUUUGUUGAAUAAAAAUAAAAACAUUGGAUGAUCCAGA